CAAGACCAGAGACCAGAGACCAGGAUCAGAAGAGACCAGAGACCAGAGACCAGAGACCAGGAUCAGAGGGGAGACCAGAAACCAGGAUCAAAGGAGACCAGAGACCAGAGACCAGGAUCAGAGGAGACCAGAGACCAGAGACCAGAGACCAGGAUCAGAGGGGAGACCAGAAACCAGGAUCAAAGGAGACCAGAGACCAGAGACCAGGAUCAGAGGAGACCAGAGACCAGUGUGAGAGGAGACCAGAGACCAGAGACCAGGAUCAGAGGAGACCAGAGACCAGUGUGAGAGGAGACCAGAGACCAGAGACCAGUGUGAGAGGAGACCAGAGACCAGAGACCAGAGACCAGGAUCAAAGGAGACCAGAGACCAGAGACCAGGAUCAGAAGAGACCGGAGACCAGAGACCAGGAUCAGAGGAGACCAGAGACCAGAGACCAGGAUCAGAGGGGAGACCAGAAACCAGGAUCAAAGGAGACCAGAGACCAGAGACCAGGAUCAGAAGAGACCAGAGACCAGAGACCAGGAUCAGAGGGGAGACCAGAAACCAGGAUCAAAGGAGACCAGAGACCAGAGACCAGGAUCAGAAGAGACCGGAGACCAGAGACCAGGAUCAGAGGAGACCAGAGACCAGUGUGAGAGGAGACCAGAGACCAGAGACCAGGAUCAGAGGAGACCAGAGACCAGUGUGAGAGGAGACCAGAGACCAGAGACCAGUGUGAGAGGAGACCAGAGACCAGAGACCAGGAUCAGAAGAGACCAGAGACCAGAGACCAGGAUCAAAGGAGACCAGAGACCAGAGUCCAGGAUCAGAAGAGACCAGAGACCAGAGACCAGGAUCAGAGGAGACCAGAGACCAGUAUGAGAGGAGACCAGAGACCAGAGACCAGAGACCAGGAUCAGAAGAGACCAGAGACCAGGAUCAGAGGAGACCAGAGACAAGGAUCAGAGGAGACCAGAGACCAGAGACCAGGAUCAGAAGAGACCAGAGACCAGGAUCAGAGGAGGCCAGAGACCAGGAUCAGAGGAGACCAGAGACAAGGAUCAGAGGAGACCAGAGACCAGGAUCAGAGGAGACCAGAGACUAGGAUCAGAGGAGACCAGAGACUAGGAUCAGAGGAGACCAGAGACCAGAGACCAGGAUCAGAGGAGGCCAGAGACCAGGAUCAGAGGAGACCAGAGACUAGGAUCAGAGGAGACCAGAGACUAGGAUCAGAGGAGACCAGAGACCAGAGACCAGGAUCAGAAGAGACCAGAGACCAGAGACCAGGAUCAGAGGAGGCCAGAGACCAGGAUCAGAGGAGACCAGAGACCAGAGACCAGGAUCAGAGGAGGCCAGAGACCAGGAUCAGAGGAGACCAGAGACUAGGAUCAGAGGAGACCAGAGACAAGGAUCAGAGGAGACCAGAGACCAGAGACCAGGAUCAGAGGAGGCCAGAGACCAGGAUCAGAGGAGGCCAGAGACCAGGAUCAGAGGAGACCAGAGACCAGAGACCAGGAUCAGAGAAGGCCAGAGACCAGGAUCAGAGGAGACCAGAGACUAGGAUCAGAGGAGACCAGAGACAAGGAUCAGAGGAGACCAGAGACCAGAGACCAGGAUCAGAAGAGACCAGAGACCAGAGACCAGGAUCAGAGGAGGCCAGAGACCAGGAUCAGAGGAGACCAGAGACCAGGAUCAGAGGAGACCAGAGACUAGGAUCAGAGGAGACCAGAGACCAGGAUCAGAGGAGACCAGAGACUAGGAUCAGAGGAGACCAGAGACUAGGAUCAGAGGAGACCAGAGACCAGAGACCAGGAUCAGAAGAGACCAGAGACCAGAGACCAGGAUCAGAGGAGGCCAGAGACCAGGAUCAGAGGAGACCAGAGACCAGGAUCAGAGGAGACCAGAGACUAGGAUCAGAGGAGACCAGAGACUAGGAUCAGAGGAGACCAGAGACCAGAGACCAGGAUCAGAAGAGACCAGAGACCAGGAUCAGAGGAGGCCAGAGACCAGGAUCAGAGGAGACCAGAGACCAGAGACCAGGAUCAGAAGAGACCAGAGACCAGAGACUAGGAUCAGAGGAGACCAGAGACCAAAGACCAUGGUCAGACCAGACACCAGGUCUUGCACUGUUCUUCAACUUGUUGACACCACAGUGAAGCUAACUUUUGCAGACACUGGUAAAAGAAGAACAGGUUUGUGUGGAAUAAACCUUGGAGUUUUUAGUCAGAAAAGUUUUAUUUUGGCGAAAAGAAUCUACAGGAACUCGGACAGGAAGUAGUAUUCUGAGGUGCUGUCAUGACUAGCAGGGUUCUAGAUAGAUGUCUUCUAGAUGUCUUCGAGAAGUCCUGAUGCUCUGAACAUCUAAUAAUUCAUGAAAAACAUGCUGCCUCCACCAUGCUUCACAUCAUGAUGCUGCCACCACCGUGCUGUGAUGACGUUCAGUGUUUCUUUCCCCCCAGAACCUUUGGAGAAUGUCUAGGAACCAGAUAUCU